CUUUAUUAAAAUUUAUUACAAAUUUCUUAUUCAACCAAACUUCAACUACAGAUUUCAUGAGUGAAAUCUGAUGACAGUCUGGAGCACUGGAAUAUUCUUAGCUUCUGGAAAGUCUGUAAUAGUGUUGUAAAUUUGUAAUUGUUUGUUAAUUACACUCAAAAUCCACCAACAGAUCCAUCUGCCUUUUCCUCUAAAGCUGACAUUGACUAUCAUGAAACAUUGACUAUCAUGAAAUGGCCUGAACGUUGUGUCAGUCUGUGAGCUUCAAGAGGAACUGAAAACUCUGUAAGUAAAUAAUCACAGAAUUGUCAUGAUUUUCCUGUAGUUCAGUGAUACAUACUCAUCUGCAUCGACUCAAAAUAAUGCUUCACUUCAACUUCUCAUGAACUGCAGAUAUUGGUUGGUGAAAUGCUUGUGCUCUUGCGUGAGAUGCUGUGAGGAAGUGUGUUUCUCUCUCUUCUGUUUCUCUGUAUCUGCUGUCACGGAUGCCUCAGUCUGUCGUCUAAACUUCUUCUGGACAUGAACGUCUUUCAAGAGUCCUGCUGCUCCAUUUUAGGAGUUCUCCUGGUUUUCCUUCUCCAAGGGUCGUGUGUUGAUUCAGAUGCAGAGGUUGUGCACAAAGCUGUUGGAGACUCGCUGGAAUUAACUGCUGAUUAUCCAAAAGAUGAUCUUGAAGUACAGUGGAAAUAUAAUGGGAUUAAUUUUGCUGAUUAUCAAAAUAAUAAUUUCAAAACAGUUAAACCUGAAUUAUUUCACGAAAGGUUAAAGAUGAAUGAAGGCAAUAUUAGCAUUACAGUAGCAGACCUUAAACUCCAGGAUUCUGGAAGCUUCUCUAUUGUUGCAGAAGGAAAAUCUGUACAAUACAAAACAAAAUUCAUUGAGCUACGUGUUCAUGAUCUCAUCAGAGAUGCAAAGAUUGAGUAUAAUGUUUCCUGGCUGCAAUCGCAAAACAUCUGCAUGUUUCAUCUCCGGUGUCUGGCAUCCGGUGACCAGAAUCCCUCGUACAGCUGGACCGGUCAUCAGAUCCAGACUCAAGGAUCUCACCUGAAUAUCAGCCUCCGUCCAGCAGAGAGCGCUACACUCACCUGCACAGCCGACAACACCGUCAGCGUCAGGUAUACUACUGAGACUGUAGUGUGCACAGAGACAUCUGAGGAGCAAAGGUUAUGUGUAAAAAGUUGA